GGAACCGGUCCCGGUGUGUUUCAUGAUUUUAUCCUCUCAAGAGACGCCCUAAAUAUCCGUAACCAACGAUGAACAGCCGAUGCCCACGCCGCCAGGCACCCAUUUAACACCAGAUGGUAUAAGAUGCAUGAUCUAUAAAAAGGCCGCCACUGUCCAAAACGACUGCAUCAAGUCUACACCUCCUAUCAUCUGCCAUUCAUUGACAUUGUCCUUUUCAAGUCCUUCUUCCCGCAAGUUCCCAGAACGAGCAACCCCAACCUCCAAAAAGCAUCAUCAUGUCUAGCCAAGGCGCAGGAAGUGCGGCUCGCUCGGGAAAGGCGGCGUCUACGUCGGCGUCGACGUCGACCCCGACACAGCACGAUGACGUGAAGGACCGGGAAUACGAACAAGCACAGUCAAAGAAGGAGCUUCUGAUGCAGCAGCACUGGCUGAAGUGGCUGCCCGAUGCCGAGAAGGAAUCCUCGGUUGUGCUCGUCUUCGACAAGUCGCCCGAUGCCAUCAAGGCCGACAUCAAGCGAAUGGCGGGCGCGAACACAAAAACUACCACGGUCGAGCGUGUGGUGGGAAUCUACGACAGCAUCGAGGAGGGGAAGAACCUGGGCACUGUCGAGGCGGGCCUCGUCACCGUCGGAGCCUACGGGGCCAUCAAGGACAAGUAUAAAGUGCAGAGCAUCACCGUCAAGUUCAACAACCAGGAGCGCAUCGCAUAUAUUCCCGUGGAGGCCCGCAGCCAUUGAAGCAGCAGUACCAGGUACCUUUAGAGGGAGCCGUCGAUCGAGGACUGCCAGGGUAGAGAACGGAAAAGGAGUCUUGUACAAUGGCGGGAUAAUCUACUAGACCUUUGCAGCGCGUACACGGUGCUUCAGUGAAACAAUAAAGCCUCGUCCACUCAAUAACUCGUUCUGUCUGCGCAGCC